CGAGCCGAGCCGAGUCGGCCCCGGCCCUGCUCCGGCCACGUCCUCGCCUCCGCCGCCUGCCCGGCGGGGGCCAUGGGCCGCCCGCGGCCUGCGCCGCGCCGCCGCCUCCUGCCGCUGCUAGCGCUGCUGGCGCUGCUGGCGCCCCGCGCCCGCGCCUGGGACAGCGGCGACCUGGAGCUCUUCGACCUGGUGGAGGAGGUGCCGCAGAGCUUCUACGGCUUCCUGGGCGUGCAGCAGGAUGCCUCAUCUGCGGACAUUCGGAAAGCGUAUCGAAAGCUUUCACUAAUUUUACACCCAGACAAGAAUAAAGAUGAAAAUGCAGAAAUGCAGUUUAGACAAUUGGUGGCUAUCUAUGAGGUUUUAAAGGAUGAAGAAAGGAGGCAGAGGUAUGAUGAUAUUCUGAUCAAUGGACUACCAGAUUGGCGACAGCCUGUAUUCUACUACAGGCGGGUGAGAAAAAUGAGCAAUGCUGAGCUGGCAUUACUCCUGUUCAUUAUACUCACAGUGGGUCAUUAUGCUGUGGUUUGGUCAAUCUACCUGGAAAAACAGCUGGAUGAACUACUUAGCAGAAAAAAGAGGGAGAAGAAGAAAAAAACAGGAGGCAGGAGUACAGAAGAAGCCAAACUUGCUACUCUUGACAAAAAUGAAAGAGUGACGGACAAACCACAGUGGCAUGACUUGCUUCCAUGCAAGCUGGGAAUUUGGUUCUGUCUUACUGUGAAAGCUUUACCUCAGCUAUUCCAGGAUGCCAGACAAUUAUAUAUAGAAUAUAAAGAAACAAAAAUGAAGGCGAAAGAAGAUGCCCUGGCUAAAGCUGAACUUGAAACACUUCAGAAAGAGAAGAAAUCUAAAGCCAAGAAACCAAAAUCUGAAUUCCCUGUAUACACAGUUCUGGAAUCAAAUGCAUAUGUACCAUCAUAUGAUCAUGGAGCUUCUAUUGAAGAGAUUGAAGAACAAAUGGAUGACUGGUUGGGAAGCAGGAACAGAACACAGAAAAAGAAGGCACCUGAAUGGACAGAAGAGGACCUCAGCCAGCUGACAAGAAGUAUGGUUAAGUUCCCAGGGGGGACCCCAGGUCGAUGGGAAAAGAUUGCUCACGAAUUGGGUCGAUCAGUGGCAGAUGUUACCAUGAAAGCCAAACAGCUGAAGGACUCUGUUACGUAUACGCCAGGUAUCAUUAGGCUCUCUGAGCUUAAAAGCCUGGCCCAGAAUUCCAAGAACGUCAAAGUCGGUGUGAAUUUGCCAGACCACAUAAUCACGCAGCGAGAAAGGGAGGAGGAGGAAGAGGAGGAGGAGGAGGAGGGAAACGACGAUCGUAUCCCAGAGCAGAUGGGGGUCCAAACCGAUCACACGGAGGCAAGUGAAACUAGGCAUCGCAAGCGGAAGAUUAUCAAAGCACCUGAAGUGAUUCCAUCAGCCAUGAAAGAGGUGCCGGAAGAGAAGGGCAGAGGAAGACGCCAGAAGGACUUUGAUAACACAGAGCAAGAGGAAGACAGUGACGAAGAGAGAAGAAAAGAGAAAAGCCGUGUCUCAGAAGAAUUUUGGACUCAAAAUCAACAAAAACUGCUUGAAAUGGCCCUACAGCAGUAUCCAAAGGGAACAUCAGAUCGCUGGGAUAAAAUAGCAAAAUGCGUUCCUGGAAAAAGUAAGGAGGAGUGUAUAGCAAGAUACAAGUUGCUUGUUGAACUGGUACAAAAGAAAAAAAUGGCUAAAACCUGAAUGUUCUGAACAGAAGAAAUUAAGAAAUUAAGCUUGUCUUUGUCAGCAUGAGAUUUUAAAUCUCAUAUGCAGGAAGCUGCAUUUUUGUACCUCGCUAUUUCUAUACGUCAUGUGCCUUAGUAAAAGAAAGUAUCAAUAAAUCUUAUGCCAUCUUACUCAA